CAAAUUUGAUUGGUUGAAAAUCUGAACUUUGUUCUUCGGCGUGUUGUAAUUGGUCAACUUUUUGUUGACUGAUUCGCACGUGACAUACGACACAAUUCGUAUGACGUAAGUCGGAAAACAUGCCGAAAACAAAAGCUGUAUUUCCUAGGUUACUCAAAGGAGCGCGAAUUUUCGAUUUAUUAACUUCACGAAACUUGUAGAAUAUUCAGUUUUGAAGCGAAACACGUACACGAUCAGUGUUUGAUUUUCUGAGAGAGAUCAAACCCAAACAAAUUUAGGCAAAUGUAAUUAUUUGGUAAAAGAUUUCGUAACGAAAGCGGUGCUAAAUAUUACAGAAAAUUGUCUUUGAAAUACAUACUCUGUAAACUCAAAAUAAUUCCUAGAACAUCCAGCACAAAUUUUGCAUUUAUACGAAAGUGUGCAGUAAAUAUUUUAUGACUUGCUUUUACGAAAGAAAACGUCGGUUUUCAAUGAAAACCAAGACUAAAAUAUUACGACAAGGGCCGUGCCGGUCGCGCCCAGCCGCCCACUUUGUUUGAGCUCUUUUCAGUAUUGAAGAUAUUUGUUUUUCGGAGAAAGCGUAAGGAUGUCUAUUGUUUUCUUAUUGAUUGUUUCUUAUUGAUUUUCCGCUAAUCGCUUCGCUAGCGUGACGAGACGCCAUCUUUGAGCGUGUGCCCCAAACCGCAACAGGUUCGAAUUUCAUUUUUUUUCACCGGAACCAGAAUUUUGGAAUCCUCACGUUCGGCCGGCUUUAGUCUAUUUCGCAUCAGUUACUAUUUCGCAGUUGGUAACAAUUUCGCAGUUGAUAAAAUAAUUGCAGGCAAUUAUUUUCACCAGAACUAUUUUCUUAAUUCAGCUGAAUAAUAAUAUAAUUGAUUCAAAAGUCACGUACAUGUUUCAUUCAUGUUUCAUUUCUAUCUCGUGUACGUACGUCUAGACUGAAACUUCGAAAUCCCCACCUACGUAGACCCGUUUUCUACUUUUAAGUUCAGCAUUUUAAACUAGUCUAUCUUGUGUGCCAUCUUUCUUGCAAAGGACUUUAAAACGGUCCUCAGGUAAAAAAGCCAUUUGUUAUGAUAUCUCUAAACGUGCUUCGAAUUAUAAAUUUUCGGUGUUUUCUCGUUCGAAACAGGUGUAAUUUGUAAAUGUCAAACUCAGAUUACCAUAAAUGGCCAUAAAAACUAAAAAAAAUAUCAUCCUUUUAUUACAGCCGGUCACGAUUUAUUUAAAUCUUCCAAGGUGAUCCUUUUUUGUCCGGAAAAUAAAGCUGAUUUGUUUAUCCGAAAUUUACUUGGCGUUAAAUUAGCUAAAACAAGGGAAGUAAAUUAUUUUUGCGAAGAAAAUGCAAACUGGAUUGUAUGAUUUUGCGGGCUUGCGAACAUGCUGAUAUAAAAUGGAAUAUUCAUAACUUCUGAUUUAUAUUUUGAGACCAUUUUUGGUAAUAUUUUGUUCGGUUUGUUUUAUUACCGAUCAUCUUGAUCCUCUAUUUCGGAAAGAUUUUAUGUGGAAAGAUAAUGCCGUAAUAUUUAAGUACAAACUCAACAGAAAGAUUCCGAGAAUUGAAAGAAGUGGCCGAAAGACGGCGUUUAUUUGGGAGUGUCAGAGUUUGACAUGUUCAUGAGAAGUUUUAGAAAUAUUUUGCGGGACUGUUUUCCUAAAUUAAGCUUCCUUUCUCUGGCUAAUGUAUUAGUUUGUGCUUUGAAUGGUGUUGCAUCAAUCACCAAGUUGAUUUCAAUAUCAGAAAAAGAGUCUUUCAUAGUAUGAUUUCUGAACUACACAUUGUUGUCGGUCGCUGUUGUUUUAAAAUGGGUUCCUUGCAGUAGAAUCAGGUUUUCCCAGAACUAACAGGUGCAAUGACUUCCGCUCUGAUACGAUAAAAGCCAUCAAAAGAAGAUCAAAAGGAUCAUGCAUGUAAAUUUAUGUGUAAUCGGAAGCACACCUCUCAAAUAAACGCGGAAUCGGUGUCCGAACAUAUGAAUGGAUAGGGAGUGGUCUUUUGAACAAACAGGAAAUGCGGCCAGAGAUUAUUCAAAGGAGGCUUUCCCUGAAAGAAACUGAAAGGACUUCUGACACAAGAUAUCCUGUGAGCAGAGUCUCCGUCGAUCUUCCUAGAGAAAAUAUUUGUUUUUACUAGGAAGAUAGAAGGAGACUUUACUCGCAGAGUAGCGUUAUCCGACACAAUGAUUGCUCAAAAAGCUCACCCGAUAUCAUGUUCACUCUGUGUUACUAGCAAACUAAAUUAAAAUUAAUUUUUAACUUCACUUGAUGAGUCUGACUCUGCCAGUCGCUUAUCCAGGACGCAACAAGAGUGGAAGCGUUCAAAUACAGAAUAAGAGGACCCUUGUAACCCGUAAAAUACUAACUACAAACAAACGACGAGCAAACCGGAAGUGCGAUUUGUGGCGAGAGGACCAAAAACGCGCAGGCACUGGAAACAAGAGUGCUUUCCAGGUCACACAACACUCGGAGUGUCACUGCACUCGGAGUAACACAAGUCAGUUGGUCUGCUUUCGGCUGCGGGAAGUUUGUUUAGAAGUUCGCCCAUUAUUUGCUGUCAUCGAGUUUUGUUAGUAAAGCCAAAUGGUAGAAAAGCUGGUGUAGCCAAAUGUUGGCCGCAGUGAUAGGAAAAGAUGUUUUCGGACGCCUUGAUGAUAACAACGUGACAAUGGCUUCUGGCGGGAAAAUGGAUCGGCCGACGGACCGGCCGCGGCCGUCGUCUUUGCAAGUUUUGUUUCUUCGUGGUCUUAAAGCAAUAAGCUUCUCCUCUUUCAAAUUAAAGUCUUCAAAGAAUGAGUGCUUUUCAAUAUGCGUCGACUUCGUCAUUUUCAGAAGAACUUUCUACCCCGACUGGUGGUGCAAAAGCAUUUCCCAAAAGUUCAGGCUGGACUUCUUCUACAGCCGACAACGAACGCAGUGCGAAACGACAGAACUCAGCGGGCCAUCAGGGAGCUGCUUUCAAACACCAAAAGACUCCUUCAACGAGUGUGACUACGGACAAUGAACACGUUUCUUCAAGCGACCGACGUUCUUCAGGGACGGAAUGUGAUAGAGACAGAGGGGAAGGCAUGAACGAAAACGAUAUUGUGCAUCAAAGAAAUCUUGCUGCGCUAGAAGAUGGUAGUCCAGCAGAAUCCGAAGUGAAGAGAGUUUUGUCAGUGGUUUGGAGUAAAGGAAAACUAGGUUCUGCUUAUUAUGACACAGAGACUUCACAACUUCAUCUCCAAAUGGAUGUUGUAGAGACAAAAGAUUUUCAGUUUCUUAAGAGGGUAAAAGAGCAAGUACAGGCUGAUGUUAUCCUUACCAGUGCAGUACAAGAUGAGAAGUUGCUCAAGAUUUUACAGGGGCAAGAAGGUGAAAACAAUGAUGAACUAAUUUGUGAGACAACAGAGGUUGAAAUCCUACCAAGCAUAGAUUUUUCUUAUGAAGUGUGCAAGAGAAGGAUCAUUGCCUUGAAUGCAUGCCUUCCAGGAAUCCCACAGCACUUCACAGAUAAUGAAAGGGACAUACAUAUGAGCUCACUUGUACCAUUCGACAGUAUCAGCAUGGUACGAAGUGCUGGUGCACUGAUCAAGUACAUAGAUAAAAAGAGAAUUGGAGUUGAAAUGGAAGAUCCAGAUGUGCGAGUUCCCAUUUUGGGGCUUAAAGUAUUCUCUUUGAGUGAUCUUCUCAUUGUGGAUAACAACACUUACAGUGCUUUGCAGAUCUUUCAAAAGGAAAGUCACCCAUCUGUGUACAAGAUGGGAGCUGGAAACAGUGGUGCUAAGGAAGGACUCUCUCUUUUUGGCAUCACAAAUAGAACUAGAUCUGUUAUUGGAAGUCAUAUGUUGAGGAUGUGGUUUUUACGUCCUUCAAGAGACAUCAGCCUUUUACAACAAAGGCAAAAGGCCGUGUCUUAUUUUAUGAACCUCAGGAAUUCAGAACUUGUGGCGUCUUUACAAGAUUGCUUGAAGCAUAUCAAGAAUGUCUCUGGAAUACUUUCAAGAAUGACAACAGCUCAAGCAUCUGUUGGUGACUGGCAAGCACUGUAUAAGACAGCCUAUAAUGCAACCUACAUUGCUGACCUGUGCAGAAGAAUUCCAAUGGAUAUUGAAAUUGCCAAAAAGGUUGCUACACGAUUUACAGAUGAAUUGCUUGAAAUUGGGAGUCUUAUGAGUAAAAUAAUCGACUUUGAUGAAUCAACGGAACAAAAUCGGUUUGUUGUUAAACCUGGAGUUGAUCGUGCUUUGGAUGAAAAGAAAAGAACAUACAAUGGCCUUCCUGACUUCAUGACAAAAGUAGCCCGAGAGGAGCUUAACAAACUUAGUUCUUCCAUUACAGAAUGUAAUGUUAUUUACCUACCACAGCUGGGCUACUUGUUAGCGAUUCCUCGAUCUCUGGAGAUGAAGGAAGAAGGGGAUUUUGCGAUAGAUGGCCUGGAGUUUGUGUUUCUUAGCAAUAACAGGGUUCACUACAAGAGUGCUCGCACCAGAGAGCUUGAUAACCUUUUGGGGGACACACAGUGCGAAAUAACAGAUCAUGAGACUGCUAUUAUGCAUCGCCUACAGACUGUCAUUCUGGAACACACCAAGGUGUUGAUCGAUGUAAUGGAGUGCUGUGCAGAGUUGGACUGUUUGAUUUCGUUGGCCCUGUGUGCUAGAGAGAACAACUAUGUUUGUCCUCAGUUGACUGCAGACUCGGUGUUAAAUAUUGAACAAGGAAGGCACCCUUUGCAGGAGCUCUGUGUCAGCCUGUUUGUUCCAAAUGACACAGUAUUUGACAAAGAUAGAGGGCGCAUGAAAAUUUUGACUGGACCUAAUGCCAGUGGUAAAAGUGUCUAUCUUAAACAGGUCGGCUUGAUCGUAUUUUUGGCGCAUAUUGGCAGUUUUGUGCCUGCCGAGUCUGCUACUAUUGGCCUGACGGACAGAAUUUUUACACGGAUACACACAAGAGAAACCGUAUCUGUGGGUUUGUCAACCUUUAUGAUAGAUCUAAACCAGGUAGCCACCGCAGUGAACGGAGCAACGGAGAAUUCUUUGGUCAUCGUUGACGAAUUUGGAAAAGGAACUGCUACGAUCGAUGGCCUGUCCUUGCUGACUGCCACACUCCGUCACUGGCUUAGGAAGGGAACUAACUGUCCAAAAAUUCUGGUGUCUACGCACUUUCAUGGCCUUGUCAAACAAAAGCUGCUUCCUCAAACUCCUCUGGUUACAUAUCAGACGAUGCAAGUGAUGGAAGAAAACGAAGAGAUUGCUUUUCUCUAUCACCUUGUUGAGGGUUACGCUGAGAGCAGUCUGGCGUGCCACAUAGCUUCUUUGGCUGGACUGCCAGAUGAACUGGUCAAGCGAGCUCAUCAGGUGACAGAACUUACAAGAUGUAAUAAACCAAUCCCUAGAAAGGACACCAAAGAUGACGAGGAACAAAGAAAAAGGCACAAAGCCAUCGUCACGAAGUUCUUGUCUCUGGAUUUGGACAACGAUGACCCUGAAGCUUUUCUUUCUGAUCUCGUUGGCCUAGCGUGGUGUUGUAGUCACAAAUGUUUCUAAGGGGUUUUCGUUUCCGUUUUCCAUUGAAAACGUUGACU